AUGUUAGGGAUCCCGUUUCUAGAUAGUGCUAUCUGGAAAUGGUUCAAGCCUCAAUCAUUCGACGAUCCAGUCGAUCGCUUGAACUACUUCAUUACAUCGACUCUGUUAACGUUCUUUGCUAUUAUGGUUUCUGCUAAGCAAUAUGUCGGCUCUCCUAUUCAAUGUUGGAUGCCUAUGGAGUUCAAAGGAGGCUGGGAGCAGUAUGCAGAGGAUUAUUGCUUCAUUCAAAACACAUUCUUCGUUCCUUUUCAUGAAGAAAUACCUGGCGAAAUAGACGAAAGAGCGAAGGCUGAGAUUGGUUAUUAUCAAUGGGUGCCUAUUAUUCUUGCUCUUCAAGCCAUCAUGUUCUAUCUUCCUAAUUUCGUGUGGAAGACGUUACAUCAACAAAGUGGAAUUGAUUUCUCAACAGCUGUUCAGGACUCACGCAAAAUCCGAGCUUCUUUCGGAGAUGCUCGUCGUGCAGAAGUUAAGAAACUCGUUGAUUACCUCAAGGAGUGCUUAGAGUUCCGAUCUGACAGACGCACACCAGCAAGAAUCUUCUGCUUCAGACUGGGAAGUGGAUUGGGAUCUUAUGUUUCUAUGCUCUAUCUCAUGGUUAAGCUUUUCUACCUGAUCAACAUCAUUGCUCAGUUCUUCAUACUGAAUAAGUUCCUGGGAAGCGAUUACACAUUCUGGGGAUGGGAGACAUUCACUGAUCUGUGGAACGGCCGUGAGUGGAUGGAAUCAGGUGUCUUUCCUCGAGUAACACUCUGUGACUUCCGUGUCAGACGUUUGGCCAAUAUUCACCGCUACACAGUUCAAUGUGUUCUAAUGAUUAACAUGUUCAACGAGAAAAUAUAUUUGUUUAUAUGGUUCUGGUUCUUAUUUGUUGCCAUCUCAACAUUCGUCAACUUCAUCUACUGCUUUAUGCAGCAAGUGCCAGCUCACUUCCGUGAAAAAGCAGCAAAAGCAUGGCUCUCCUGCCGCAACAAUGACAACAACGAUAAUUACCGUCAAGAGCACAUUGUUCGUCGCUUUGUCCAUGUUGGCCUCCGACCUGAUGGUGUUCUACUUCUUCGAUUCAUAGAAGGUCAUGCUGGAGCCAUUGUUGCUCGAGAAAUCGCUACUACGUUACUAACCGAGUACUUGGAGCAAAUUCCUGAAAGCUGCGGGUCUUUCCUCACACAUCCAACUAAAUCAGUAUCUCCAGGAUUAUUAGAAGAUGGACCUCAUGAGAAUCUGUAUGCUCCUGAGAAAAUUAGAGGCCUAAUGAUUCCAGACUAUCCAAUGAAGAACUGA